AUGCUCCUGCGCUUGAGAAGAUUGAAGCUCGAUUUCUCAUCCACGAAGCCCUCGAGUCGAGAUCAUCUGACCAUGGAACCAAUCCCGCCAACAUUUCCGACCUAUAUCAGCUAUGGUAACUAUCUCUUCGAGAUCGCAAAGCUCAUGGUCGGACACCACAAAGCGACCAUCAGAUCAACAACACCAUACACCAAGUAUGAGCAGGUUCUGGCGUAUGAUGCACAGAUGCGAACGCUGGCGCCCACGGGCAUGCCGCGGUACUUCCAUGUUGUCGAGCCGACUCAUCCAUCAUGGCCAGAAUGGGUCCCUUGGGCAAGGCGGAGCCUGACAAUAUGUUUCGCGCAUAAGAUGAUCAUGAUACAUCGCAACUUCAUCCGGCAGAGUUUCACCAAUCCCGCUUAUUCCAUGACUCGGACGACUUGCGUUGCUGCAGCGAAGGCCAUCUUGAAAGAAGCCAACUUGGCAAAGGACCGGGCUGGUCCAAUCAUCUGGGUCGACAAGGCCUUUUGCGUGGCGGCCGGGAUGGUGCUGUGUUUGGACAUAUUCCACCGCUCAGAAUCCGAUCCAGAGUUUAAAAGUCACAAAGAGCGUAUCACUAAAUGCAUCCAGUUCCUAAGACGGUACGACACAAGCACAAUCGCCGUUCGAGGAGCCAAGGUCUUGAUAUUUUUGCUGGCGGAAAGGGACAAAGUGGCAUUGAGCUUGACAUCGCUGCCGCAUGUGAUUGACCUGUCCAGGUUGCUGCACGCGUUGGAGGCAGAAACAGGAUUCGGUCCAACAUCUGAUCAGCAGUCAAGGUCGAUACCACCAUUGCUUCCGUCGCAAGCCGGGUUUCGGAAUCACUUCAUCUUUGAUCCUCUGCUCCAGUUCGGUUACAAUCCACCAUUGACUUAG